AUGUGACACAGGCAUGAAAAUAAAAUGGAGGGCAAACAUUUGCCUGCUUUGGGGUUACGUGUGCCACAUCCCCCCACAAACCCUCUAGAAUCCAAGCCCCCAACUCCAAGACACAGACGCAAACUCCCUCCAAUCGGGAAAUGUUCUCUGAUUGAACAGAGGGGCUUCUACUCAGAGGACAUCUCUACAUUCAAGUUCCAUUUUCCCAUAGUGCAACCUGAAGUGAAGCAAAGGUCACUGGGGCAACCCAAACUUCAGCCGAGUGAAAGCUAUAUACCAGAAGUGCCAGUCGUCAAGACUUCAUCUGACCAGUGGGAGCAUGUUAAAAAGGAUUUCCAUAGACCGGUCCCAAUCCUAUUAAAUAAUUCUUACUUCCGAUUGGGGGGAGAUACACCGAAGCUGUACAUGCCCUACCAGACCAUUCCCGGCCAGAUACCCCGCAAGUUGGCGAUAGAGAGAUGCCGAAGAGAAUACUUGAGCUUAGACUUUGAAAAUCUUCUCAAAGAAAAAGGAAUAGAUUCUAAUCUUAUAAUGCAGAGACACCCGAGCGUUGGUGAUAAGCAUUUGAUCACACCAGGCCAACCUUUGGCAGAUCUCCCACUGGAGAUAUUUGACAAUGACGACUAUGACUGCCGGACUCCAGAUGACUGGCUUACUUUGGGCAAUGACGAAGGACCAACUGAUCAGAAACCUUUACCUGGGAAAGCACUGCUGCCUACAAAUGACAAGACUCCUGCUGAGAACACAAGGAACAACUGCCUGGACUACAACUGGCAUUUAGUCGGGGUUCUUGACUACAGUAAAGAGAAAUGUCUGUAUUUGGUGGAGAAGGUCCAUCAAAACAACAAGCUGACAGAUGAACACAAAAAGAGCAAAUCUCCUGGGAUGAACAGUUGUCUACCAGGCACUAAGCACUGGGUACCCAGGAUCAGACUGCUAUUCCUUGCUGAGGACCCACGUUUAUUUAUAAAACGGCUUCAGUUUGCGUUGUGCAGCAGAGAAAAAACAGAGGCUCUGAUUGUCUACCACUCGUCUGUGGAACAUAUGCCCACCAUGGAAGGAAUACCAUCCCUUGAUACCUACAGUAUCCAGCAUUUGACAAAACACAUCCCUUCAACCUCUGGGAUCAGGCCGAAGAUUGUGGAACAGUGUACAGGAGACCUGGAGGAAGAGUUAAAACGUGAACGUGACCUUGUUAUGAACCGCUUGACCUUUAACAAAGUCGUGAUGAGCAAACCAGAGGAGUUUUCACACAUCACUGUGCCAAAAAAAUGCCCUGAGCACGUACCACAAAAAGGAUGCAUUUCAGUUCCUCAGUUUGACUAUGAGAGCAACCGAGCUGCAUUUAUAUUCCACUCGCUGCUUAUGAAGCCAGAAGUGAUCUGUGUACUUUCUGCAAUAUGGUUUGAGUGCAACAAAGUAGCAAAGAUGAGGCUGUUCAACGUCACCUCGACCAAACCACUGCGCCUGGAUGACUUUGAAAUCCUCCAGUCUCAAAUGCAUACUCAGAUAAGGUUGUAUCUUCGGGAGUCAUGGACGCUCACGCUGAGCAACAGCAUCCGUACGAACCUGGCGAACAUCGGCCUGGGCGCAUACAACGUAAAUGAGCGUCUCUGGCAGAUGUACAAACUCUCCAAGCUGUACAGGCUGAUGGAUGUGGUGCGCUUCAACAUGCAGGACUCCCUGCGCUACCUCGUGCUGGAUUCGCUGCUCGGCCUGAAUCACUCUAUGUUGGAAGCCUGCCAAAGUGUGCUGACUUGUCCUCAGGACAUGGUCUGGGGGAGCGACCUUAUCACCAGCCCCUACAAACCAAAAAAGAACCCUUUGUUCCUGUUGGACUUGGUUCUGGACCAGACUGGAGCUCAUUACAGCACAGAACCAGAGAAAUUUGCAUCGACUCUUGUUGACCUGUUUGAUAAGGGCAUUCUGGCUACAUACAAUGUACCACAGCUUGAUAAGUUUGUGAUGCAGAAGUUGUAUAUCGGUGAUGAUCCAAUGCUCAUAUCGGUGAAACUGUGGGAACCACAAGUAACUGAUCUAAGGGAGAAGGUCCGCAAAGCUCUGAUACAAGCAGCCAUACCUCUCAGGGCUUACGCUGCCGAAUAUGAGCAACAUUUAGAGCUUCACAGCUUGGACAUAGAAAGCUUCCUCGAUUCUCAAAUGAAGGAAGAACAGACAACCCAAGAAGUGAAGAAAGAGGUGGAACAACACCUCACAGAGAAGGAGAGGAUAGAGCAGGCCUUGCCAUCCUCCAUUAUGAUUGGUCCAUUUAUUGUUCGUGUAGAGGCUGUACGUCAGGCUCUCGCUAACAAAAGGAAGGCUAUAGCCAAUGCAAUGCUGCAGCGCCUCGCUCUGAAGCUUCGUAAGAGGAUUGAUGAUGCAUGUGAAGAGUGUAACGUUAUGAGUAGGAAGUUGCAUGAGAAGCCAGACGGUAUUGAGGAACUGAGUGAGAAGAAGGACUGGAUGAACCAAAUCCCCGAACAGCUCAGGGGCUAUAAGGAUGUCAUUAGCAAGAUCCUGUCCGACUAUGAACUAAUGGAUGAAUUCUGUUACUCUCUGUCAAAUGAGGAUUCUAAUCAAAAGUGGGCAGCUAUCAAAGGGCCUCAAAAGAUACUUGGCCAGAUAGAAGAAGCCGCCAGCCAUUAUAUGGAGGACGAGGAGCGCUUCAGUAAGAUCCAGCAAGCCAAUCAGAAUGCCUUUGAGGAACAACUAGACACUCUACAGAUGCUGAUUGCUGGGUUUGGGAGCCAUGCAGACAUUGAUCAUGCUCAUCAGACUGCCAAUGAGGUGAGGCGUAUAUCCAAGCAACUGAAGGAGUGCCAGGUGAUGGCCCAAACCUACAACAGCAGAGAACGUCUCUUUGGUACUCCUCUCACAAACUAUGACCGUCUACAGAAGCUUGUUAAGGACCUCCAGCCUUUUAAAGAUCUAUGGACCACCACAUCUGAUUGGUUUCAUUGGCAUGAGAACUGGCUCACUAACCCACUGUCCACCAUCGACCCUGAGCUGCUUGAGCGCAAUGUCACAGACGCCCACAAGACCUUGCACAAAUGUAUUAAACAGUUCAAGGACAUUCCUGACUGCGAGUUGGUGGCGACUUUCAUCCAAGGCAAGAUUGAGGACUUCCGUCCUUACAUCCCUCUGAUUCAGGGCCUUAGGAACCCAGGGAUGAAAAACCGCCACUGGGAGAUGCUGUCUGAACGCAUUGAUAUGAAAGUGAAGCCCAAAGCCAACUUGACCUUCUCCCGCUGCUUGGAGCUUGGCCUUCAGAACCAUGUGGACGACAUAGCUCAUGUGGCUGAAGUGGCUGGGAAAGAGUUCACCAUUGAGCAGGCCCUGGAGAAGAUGGAAAAAGAGUGGUCGUUGAUAAUUUUUGAUGUGCUGCCGUACAAGGACACAGGCACCUACAUCCUGAAGAGCCCGGAUGAGGCGUCCCAGAUGCUGGAUGACCACAUCGUCAUGACUCAGAGCAUGUCCUUCUCUCCCUUCAAGAAAACCUUUGAGGGCCGCAUUAACACCUGGGAGAGCAAGCUCAGAAUGACUCAAGAUGUGCUGGAAGAGUGGCUGACCUGCCAGCGAUCCUGGCUCUACCUGGAGCCCAUCUUCAGCUCUGAUGAUAUCAACGAGCAGCUCCCCGUCGAAGGAAAACGAUACCAGCAAAUGGAGCAAACAUGGAAAAGCGUCAUGCAAGCUGCCUUCAGUAAUCCACAGGUGAUCGAGGUGUGUCCAGAUGCUCGUCUACUGAACAAACUGAAGAAGUGUAACACACUUUUGGAACAAGUGCAGAAGGGUCUCAGUGAGUACUUGGAGACAAAACGAAGAUGCUUCCCCAGGUUUUACUUCCUGUCAGAUGAUGAGCUCCUGGAGAUUCUUUCCCAGACCAAAGAUCCGAAUGCCGUUCAACCACAUCUGCGCAAAUGCUUUGAGAACAUUGCCCAGCUCGAAUUCCAGCCAGAUCUACAGAUCACUCACAUGUUCUCCGGAGAAGGGGAGGAGGUGAAGCUGUUUGAGCCGGUAAUACCGGAUGGAAAUGUGGAAGAAUGGUUGAUGAAAGUGGAGGUGUCUAUGAAGGUCACGCUGAGGGACAACGUUGAAAGAUCUCUCAAAGUCUACGCUGAGCAAGCUCGUGUGGACUGGGUGUUACAAUGGCCUGGUCAAGUGGUGAUAGCUGGCUGUCAAGUCUUCUGGACUACGGAGGUGUCUGAGUCAUUGGAGCAGGGAGACUUGGCCGACCGCCUUUUCCCCCAGCUACAAACACAGCUGGGGGACCUGGUGCUGCUGGUGAGAGGAGGUCUCUCUAGGAUGCAGCGAGCUGUGCUUUCAGCCCUCAUCGUCAUAGAGGUCCAUGCAAAGGAUGUUGCAGCUAAGCUUGUGGAGCAGGAGGUCUCAAGCGUCAAUGACUUUGAGUGGAUCAGCCAGCUCAGGUACUACUGGGCAAAAAAUGACUUGUACGUCCGCGCUGUGAAUGCGGAGUUCUUGUAUGGAUACGAGUACCUUGGUAACUCUGGACGCCUGGUCAUCACCCCGCUCACUGACAGAUGCUACCUGACCCUGACCGGAGCUCUGCACUUGAAGUUUGGAGGAGCACCCGCGGGUCCAGCAGGAACAGGAAAGACAGAAACCACCAAAGAUCUGGGAAAGGCUCUUGCCAUCCAGACAGUGGUUUUCAAUUGCUCUGAUCAGCUGGAUUACAUUGCUAUGGGCAAGUUUCUCAAAGGACUGGCCAGCUCUGGUGCCUGGGCAUGCUUUGAUGAGUUUAAUCGUAUUGAUGUGGAGGUGCUGUCUGUGGUGGCACAACAGAUCACCACUAUACAACAGGCCCAGAUGGAAAAGGCGGAGACCUUUGACUUUGAGGGGUCAGAGAUCAGACUGGUCCCUUCUUGUGCUGUAUUCAUCACUAUGAAUCCUGGAUAUGCUGGCCGUACAGAACUGCCUGACAACCUCAAGGCCCUGUUUCGUCCCGUGGCCAUGAUGGUCCCUGACUACGCUAUGAUAGCUGAGAUUUCCUUGUACUCAUUUGGCUUCAGUGAUGCCAAACUCCUCUCCAAGAAGAUCACUGCCACCUUCAAGCUCUCGUCUGAACAGCUCAGCGCUCAGGAUCAUUAUGAUUUUGGUAUGAGAGCAGUGAAGACGGUGAUUUCAGCAGCUGGAAACCUCAAGAGAGAAAAUCCUGACAUGGAUGAGGAGCUGAUCUGCCUGCGGGCCGUUCAAGACGUCAACGUACCCAAGUUUUUACAGGACGACCUGAAGCUCUUCAGCGGUAUUGUGUCCGAUCUUUUCCCCAACACAAAGCAGGAGCCUAUCAACUACGGCAUACUUGAGGAAUCCAUGCGCAACGUAUGCAUCAAGAAGAACCUCAAAGAUGUGGACGGGUUUAUUAAUAAGUGCAUUCAGUUGUAUGAGACCACUGUGGUGAGACAUGGCCUGAUGUUGGUGGGACCUUCUGGAUCCGGUAAAACCAAGUGUUACAAGAUACUAGGAGAAGCAUUAACAGCUUUGAAGGGACAACCCUCUGUGAGUGGUGGGGACUACGAGCUAGUUCAGACAUAUGUCCUCAAUCCCAAAUCCAUCUCCAUGGGACAGCUCUAUGGAGAGUUCGACAUGCUCACACACGAGUGGACGGAUGGUAUCCUAUCUUCUCUUAUACGUGGCGGUGCAUCAUCUAUGGACAAAGAGAGGAAGUGGUACAUGUUCGAUGGGCCAGUGGAUGCCGUGUGGAUCGAGAACAUGAACACUGUGCUGGACGACAACAAAAAACUGUGCCUCAGCUCUGGGGAAAUCAUUAAGCUAACUGAUGUGAUGACCAUGAUGUUUGAGGUGCAGGACUUGGCAGUGGCCUCUCCAGCCACGGUGUCUCGCUGUGGUAUGGUCUACCUGGAGCCCAGUAUUUUGGGCCUUGUCUCUUUUACAUAUUGCUGGCUGAACAAGGUGCCUAAGGCCUUGAAGCCUUUCACAGAGCAGCUCAACUCACUGUUCACCAAGUUCCUGCAGGAUUCCAUCACAUUUGUCCGCAUAUCAGUGAAGGAGGUCACAACAUCCCUCGACAGUAACCUUGCCUGUAGUCUGCUUAAAAUAAUGGACUGCUUCUUCAGUCCCUUCAACACUAGAGAGAAUCAAAAGCCACCACCUAAGAAGAAACUGGAGCGUUUGACAGAGGUGAUCGAGCCCUGGUUCUUCUUCUCACUGGUGUGGAGUGUAGGUGCCACAGGAGACGCAGCGGGCUACCAGCGCUUCAGUGCCUGGCUCAAGAACAAGAUGGCAGACGAGAAGAUUAAAUUAUGUUUUCCAGAGGAGGGCCAAGUACACGACUACAGGCUUGAUGAUGCAGGGAUUAGUCAAUUUGAGGAUGACGAUGAAGAGGAGGAGAGAAAAGUCCAGUGGGUCAGCUGGAUGGAAGACACAAAUACAGUUGUGAUCACCCCGUCCACAAACUAUGCUGACAUCAUCGUUCCCACACCCGACACAAUGAGAAUGUCUUUCCUGAUGGAUAUGCUUUUAACCAAUAUGAAACCUGUGCUGUUUAUUGGUCCAACUGGUACAGGAAAGACAUUGACCAUGUCAGACAAACUUCUGAACAACAUGCCUGCUAAAUACAUCACAAACUUCCUCAUGUUCUCUGCGCGCACCUCAGCCAAUCAGACUCAAGACUACAUCGACAGUAAACUUGACAAAAGGCGGAAAGGGGUGUUUGGGCCUCCUAUAGGAAGGCACGGCAUCUUCUUCAUCGAUGAUCUCAACAUGCCAAUGUUGGAAACCUAUGGGGCCCAGCCUCCUAUUGAGCUGCUGCGGCAAUAUAUCGACCACGGAGGCUGGUAUGACAGGAAGCAGAUAGGUACUUUCAAGCACUUGGUGGACAUCAAUUUUGCAUGUGCCAUGGGGCCUCCAGGUGGAGGCCGUAAUCCCAUCACCGAGCGCUUCACACGCCACUUCAAUUUCCUGUCCUUCACUGAAAUGGAGGAUACCAGCAAGAAGAGAAUUUUCUCCACCAUCUUAGGCAGUUGGAUGGGACCUGUGCCAGAAAUUCAGCCGCUCAAUGAGCUUCUGGUAGACGCCACAAUCCGAGUCUAUGCUACCAUUACCUCUGAGCUUCUCCCAACUCCAUCCAAGUCCCAUUACACCUUCAACCUGAGGGACCUGUCCAAGGUCUUCCAGGGCAUCCUCAUGGCUGAGGCUGGCAUGAUAGAGGGCAAGUUGCAGCUGCUUCAGUUGUGGUACCACGAAAGCUGCCGCGUUUUCCAAGACCGCCUUGUGUCUGUUGAGGACAGGGACUGGUUCAACAGACUCCUCAAGGAUCGUAUUGAGGAGUUUGACUGCAGCUUUGAGGAGGUUUUUUCUGGUCAGCAAGUUCUGUAUGGGGAUUUCAUGAUCCCUGGAGCUGACACCAAAGUCUACACACGUAUAGAAGACAAGGAAAAGUUGGCAAAGGUGAUGGAGGAAUACAUGGAAGACUACAACCAGAUCAGCACCACCAAGAUGAAGCUGGUGCUCUUCAUGGACGCCAUUGAGCAUGUAUGCCGUAUCGCCCGCAUCUUGCGCCAGCCCAUGGGCAAUGCCCUGUUGCUGGGAGUGGGUGGCAGUGGGCGCCAGUCACUCACUAAACUUGCGUCACAUAUGUCCGAAUAUGAUUGUUUCCAGAUAGAGCUCGCCAAGAACUACGGCCAAACAGAGUGGAGGGAAGAUAUUAAAAGCAUCAUGUUGAAAGCUGGUCUUCAGGACCAGCAGAUCACCUUCCUCUUUGUAGACACACAGAUUAAGAGUGAGUCGUUCCUGGAGGAUAUCAACAACAUUUUGAACUCGGGGGAUGUUCCCAACCUGUAUGCAUCAGACGAGCAGGAGCGUAUCCUAGCAGCAAUGAAGCCAGUGGUGUUAGACCUGGGGCAGCAGCCAACUAAAGCCAACCUCAUGGCUGCCUACAUCAAGAGGGUCCGCAGCAACAUCCACAUUGUGCUCGCAAUGAGUCCCAUCGGUGAGGUGUUUCGUUCGAGGCUGAGGCAGUUUCCCUCACUGGUGACAUGUUGCACCAUAGAUUGGUUCAGUGCCUGGCCAGAGGAGGCUCUGCGGGCUGUGGCCACGUCAUUCCUCAAUGAUCUGCCCGAGCUGGAAGCCAGCCCCACCGCCAUGAACGGACUGACAAUGAUGUGUGUAAAGAUCCACCAGAUGGUGGCCAUGAAGUGUCAACAGUACCUGGCUGAGCUUUCACGCUACAACUAUGUCACACCCAAGAGCUACCUGGAACUGCUCCGAAUCUUCUCAAAUCUAACCGGACGCAAGAAGCAGGAACUGUGCGGCGCUCGUAACCGCAUGAAGACCGGUCUGGACAAGCUCCUGCGCACAGCAGAGGAUGUGAGCAAAAUGCAGGAGGAACUGGAGGUGAUGAGGCCUCUUUUGGAGGAGGCCACUAGGGAAACUGAAGCCACCAUGGAGACCAUAAAAAAAGACACAGUGGUUGCAGAGGAGACCCGGGAGUCGGUGCAGGCCGAGGAAGCAAAAGCGUCAGCGAAAGCUCGUAUUGCCGGCGCCAUCGCAGCAGAUGCUAAGAAAAAUUUGGACGAGGCUCUGCCAGCUCUGGAUUCUGCUCUCACCAGCCUCAAGUCACUCAAUAAGACUGAUGUUGCUGAGGUACGAGGAUUGCAGCGACCUCCCAACGGGGUGAGGCUGGUUAUGGAAGCGUUGUGCAUUAUGAAGGGCAUCAAACCUAAAAAGGUACCUGGAGAGAAGCCUGGCACCAAGAUCGACGACUACUGGGAGGUUGGAAAAAGUCUAUUACAGGACCCUGGCAAGUUUCUGGAAAGUCUGUUCAAGUAUGAUAAGGACAACAUCCCAGAUGCUGUGAUCACUUUAGUCCAGCCCUACAUGGAUAAUGACGAUUUCCAGCCAGCCGCAAUUGCCAAGGUUUCCAAGGCCUGUACGUCCAUUUGCCAGUGGGUGCGAGCCAUGCAUGUAUAUCACUUUGUGUCCAAGGCUGUGGAACCAAAAAGGCUAGCUCUCAAGGGGGCCCAGGACGACUUAGCGGAAACCCAGAUAAUCCUGGAUGAUGCCAAUGCAAAGUUGGCCGAGGUGGAGGGCGGUAUCGCCACUUUACAGGCCACGUACCAGAAAUGUCUGGCCAAGAAAGACGAGCUGGACAACAAGUAUCAACUGUGUGAGGCCCGUCUCGUCCGAGCAGACAAGCUUAUUGGAGGACUGGCAGAUGAAAAAGUGCGCUGGAAGGAAACGGUGCAACAUCUGAAUUACAUGGUUGAAAAUGUCGCGGGCGACGUGCUUCUAUCUGCAGGAUACAUAGCGUACCUGGGACCCUUCACUGGAGAAUACAGAGCAGCCAUGGCAGAUGAGUGGCUGCAUUGCUUCAAAGAACUAGGAGUUCCACACACUGAGGAACCCAACCUGAUCAGCACUCUAGCAGAUCCAGUCAAGAUCCGCUCCUGGCAGAUAUCGGGUUUGCCUAAGGAUAACCUCUCAGUGGAGAACGGUGUGAUCACUCAGUACUCUCUACGCUGGGCUCUGUUCAUUGAUCCUCAGGGACAAGCCAACACGUGGAUCAAAAACAUGGAGCGUGACAAUGGGUUAGAGGUCAUAAAGCUCAGUGAUCGGGAUUUCCUACGCAGUCUUGAAAACACAAUUCGCUUUGGUAAACCCUGCCUUCUGGAGAACAUAGGAGAGGAACUGGACCCUGCUCUCGAUCCUGUACUGUUGCAACAGACGUUUAAGCAGCAAGGCAGCUUGAUGCUGAAACUGGGAGAUUCAGUCGUCCCUUACCAUGAAGACUUCAGGAUGUACAUCACCACUAAGCUGCCAAACCCACACUACUCUCCUGAGGUCUCUACCUUAGUCACCCUCAUCAACUUCACCCUGUCACCCAGUGGUCUAGAGGACCAGUUGCUGGGCCAGGUCGUGGCUGAGGAGCGUCCAGACCUGGAGGAGGCUAAAAACCAGCUCAUCGUCAGCAACGCUAAGAUGAAACAGGAGCUGAAAGAAAUUGAGGAUGAGAUCCUGCACCGGCUCAGCUCCACAGAGGGAAACCCUGUGGACAACGAGGAGCUCAUCCAAGUGCUGGAGGCUUCCAAGAUCAAGGCUGGAGAAAUCCAGGCAAAAGUGAGGGCAGCAGAAAAGACAGAAGUGGACAUUGAUGCCACCCGUCUGGAGUAUGUUCCCGUGGCUGUGCGCUCGCAGAUCCUCUUCUUCUGUGUGUCAGACCUGUCCAGUGUUGACCCCAUGUACCAGUACUCUCUGGAGUGGUUCCUUGGCAUCUUCAUGACAAGCAUUGGCAACUCUGAGAAAGCAGACACAGUGACGAUGAGAAUUGUCAACAUCAACGAGUUUUUCACCUUCAGCCUGUACAGCAACGUGUGUCGCAGUUUGUUUGAGAAGCACAAACUGAUGUUUGCCUUCCUCCUGUGCACUCGCAUCAUGAUGAAUGAAAACAAAAUCAACAUGGCUGAGUGGCGCUACCUGCUGUCUGGAGGGAUGCCUGUGCAAGAGCUGUCCAACCCAGCGGUGAGCUGGCUGUCGGAGCGCGCCUGGCUGGACAUCCUGAGCCUCAGCGCUCUGGACAGCUUCAGCAAACUCGCAGACACCUUUCCCGAUCAUCUGCAGGGCUUCAGGAGGAUUUUUGACAGCAGCCAGCCUCACAGAGAGGCGCUCCCAGAGGUGUGGGACAAGGGGCUGGACUCUUUCCAGAAGCUGCUGAUCCUACGCUGCUUGAGGUCGGAUCGCCUCAUUCAAGGCCUGCAGGACUUUGUCGCAGCUCAGUUGGGACAGCGCUUCAUAGAAGCUCAGACGUCAGACCUGUCUGUGGUGUUCAAAGAGUCGUCCACCCUCACUCCACUCAUCUUUGUCCUCUCCCCUGGCACUGAUCCCGCUGCCGACCUCUACAAGUUUGCUGAACUCAUGCAGUUCUCCAAGAAACUGAGUGCCAUCUCUCUGGGCCAGGGCCAGGGACCCUGGGCUGAGAUUAUGAUGCACGCUGCCAUGGAAAGAGGUCACUGGGUCUUUUUCCAGAACUGUCACCUGGCACCCAGCUGGAUGCCGGGGCUGGAUAAACUCAUCGAAAACAUCAACCCGCUAAAGGUGCACAAGGACUUCCGUCUGUGGCUCACAAGUCUUCCCAGCAACAAGUUCCCAGUGUCCAUUCUCCAAAAUGGUUCCAAGAUGACCAUCGAGCCUCCCAAAGGCAUCAAGGCCAACCUACAGAAAACCUACCUUAGGCUAACUAAUGACUUUUUCACCAAUUCCACCAAGUUAACAAGCUUCAGGUCUUUGCUCCUGUCUCUGUGUCUGUUCCAUGGAAUUGCUAUAGAGCGCAGGAAGUUUGGCUCUUUGGGCUUCAACAUUCCCUACGAUUUCACAGACGGAGACUUGAAAAUCUGCAUGAGCCAACUCAAAAUGUUCCUGGACGAGUACCAGGACAUCCCAUACAAGGUGCUGAAAUACACUGCAGGCGAGAUCAAUUACGGCGGCCGUGUGACAGAUGAUUGGGACAGACGAUGCCUGCUCAGUGUGUUGGAGGAUUUCUAUUGCCCUGCUGUUCUCCGUGAUAAUCAUGCCUACUCCUCGUCUGGAGUCUACAAGCAGAUAGACACAGGUCUGGAUAUCAAGGGUUAUUUGGAAUACUUUCGUGGUUUGCCCAUCAAUGACACGCCUGAGAUCUUUGGUCUCCAUGACAACGCAAACAUCAGUUUUGCCCAGAAUGAGACCUUCGCCCUGCUGGGGGCCAUAGUCCGUCUGCAGCCACGAGCUGUGUCUGCUGGGGGGAAAACUCCAGAGGAGAUAGUGAAGGAGAUGGUGGCGGGCAUCGCUGAAAAGAUCCCUCCGCCUUUCCCCAUCCGUGAAGUGAUGGAAAAAUACCCGGUCCUCUAUGAAGAGUCCAUGAACACAGUGCUUGUCCAGGAGGUCAUCAGAUACAACAAACUGCUGGAGGUCAUCGGUCAGAGUCUUGGGGACAUUGUGAAGGCUCUGAAGGGUUUAGUGGUGAUGUCAUCAGAACUGGAGUUAAUGUCCGGCAGCCUGUUCAACAACACCGUGCCUGGCAUGUGGACGGCCAAGGCCUACCCCUCUCUGAAGCCUCUGGCCUCUUGGGUGUCAGACCUGCUUCAGAGGAUCGCCUUCAUCGGGACGUGGAUCUCUGAUGGCAUUCCACCUGUCUUCUGGAUUAGUGGCUUUUUUUUCCCUCAGGCUUUUCUCACCGGAGCCCUCCAGAAUUACGCCCGCCGCUGCGGCGCCUCCAUCGACACAAUUGGUUUUGAUUUUGAGGUCAUAAAGCAGUCAGAGUCAGAGAUAACAGAGAAACCAUCUGCUGGCUGCUACAUCCACGGUCUUUUCCUGGACGGCGCCCGCUGGGACCAUGAUGCAUGUCAGCUCACAGAGUCCAGGGCCAAGGAGCUCCACACAAAAAUGGUCGUCAUCUGGAUGAAGCCCAAACCCAACCGCAAACCCCCGACCUCCGGGGUCUACAUCUGUCCCAUCUACAAGACGCUGACACGUGCCGGGACACUCUCCACCACCGGCCAUUCCACCAACUACGUGAUCUCAGUGGAGCUGCCUACAGAUCAGACUCAGGGACACUGGAUCAAACGGGGAGUCGCCCUCAUAUGUGCACUGGACUACUGA